UAGACACAUAUAUUUUACUGAGAAAAAGACAAAGUAGAUUAUAAUUAGAUUUUCUAUUCGUCAAAAAUAUUGUUGCAUGUAGUUAGUUGUACGUGACAUAUAAAUUGUGUCUAUUAAUGUUUAAUGGUAGAAUACAAAUAAUAAUUAAGUGACUAAUUAAUAAGAUUAAUAUAUAGUUGAUUAUACAAAAAUUAUAAUAUAAAAUGAUAAAGGAGAAUUUUAUUAACUCAAAUCUAAUUGAUUUUUAAUACUUGAAACCAAGGGUAAAUGGAAAAGUAAUAAAUAAUCCCAAAAAACAUCAUGUCAAAACGAUGGUUAGGAAUAUGCACUCAUUGUUCUUCUAAUUCUUAUUUGUUCAAUUUUAAAAAAAUUUUCGAAAUGUUAUUCUCAUCAUUCAUCAAUUCACCGUUAAAAUGUUUAUUCAUGAUAUUAUUUUUAAUUGGUGCUACUUAUGUAUGCUAUUUAUGGAGUGCAAAACUUAAUGAAACAAAUAAUCCAGUAUUUGUUAUUAAUUAUGCAUCUAUUGAUAAUCCAUUCAAUGAGUUACGAUGUCGCAGAUUAAAAUAUACACAAGUUGGUCACGUGAAAACGCCUAAUAAAGCAUUAUUUUGGCCACAGAUACAAUAUAAAUAUACAUUAUCUCAAUCAAUAGAUUUUAUUUCACCGGAUUCGUCACUGAAAAAUUUCAUUCCACAACAAAUAUUUGGAUCACUUUACACUAAGUAUAAUGCCACAAAAAUAAAUGGUUAUGCUGCAUCAAGUAAUAGUUUAAGAUAUAUUAUUGAUAAGAAAAAUCACACUAUCAAUUAUACCUUACCAAUUAUAUGGUCUCCAUUAGGUUGUUUACCUAGCCUGUCAUCGGCUAUAAUUAUUCCUUAUCGUAAAAGAGAACAACAUUUACGAGUGUUAACAGAUCAUUUACAUGGAUUUUUACGACAUCAAAGAAUACCAUAUACCAUUUUUAUUAUUGAACAGACCGGUGAAACGAAAUUUAAUCGUGGUGCUUUAUUAAAUGCUGGUUUUCUUGAAGUUUCCAAAUUCAAAGAAUAUGACUGUUUCAUUUUACAUGAUGUAGAUAAACUACCAGAAGAUGAUCGAAUUAUUUAUACAUGUGGACCAAAUCCAACACAUUUGUCAGCUUCAUUAAGUACUUUUAACUACAAAUUAAUUUAUCAAAGAUUUUUUGGUGGUGUUGUUACAUUCACUCGUGAUCAAUAUCUUAAAAUUAAUGGUUUUUCAAAUUUAUAUGAAGGAUGGGGUGGUGAAGAUGAUGAUCUUUUAUUACGUGUUGAACAAUCUGGUUAUAAUUUAAGUCGAAUCAAUUUAUUGAUUGGUCGUUAUUAUGCAAUGAGUCAUAAGACAGAUGAAUUAAAUGAAGAGAAUCCAGAUCGUUUCAAGUUGUUGAAUACUUCAGAGCGUCGAUUUAAAAGCGAUGGAUUGAACAGCUUGAAGUAUAAUGUAACUCAGUCGAAAUCAAUGUACAAUGGUCUACUUUAUUGGAUUUCCAUUUAUAUACAUCCUAACAACCAGAAUUAAUUUGAUAUAAACAUUUGGAAACUUUUCUGUACACUUGAAAGAAAGAGAAUAAACAAAAUUAGGAUAUAAGAAACAUUUGAUACCGAAGUUUGUCGAUAACCCUGAUACAUUUACUGACUGUGAAAAUUUUUACCAGUGGUCAUUCAACAAGUACAUUUUUUCACUAAAAUGUAUUUACUAAAGCAUCUAUUUCACUGCUUUUGAACUUACUUAAUGGUUAAUUAUUUCUAUUAAUUUAAUAUUAUGAUUAAAUUGUCAAUUACAUGACAAAUAACACACAAUAACACGAUUAAUUAUAUAUUGCCAUUUCAUUCACAGGUUGAGAAUAAAUAGAAAAAUAUCUUUGUUUUUUGUUACAAGCACAUGUAAAAUAAUAAUAAUAAUAAUAAUAAUAAUAAUAAUAAUGAUAAUAAUAAUAAUAAUAAUAAUAAUGAUAGAACCCGUUUAUCUUUUAUCGUUAAAGUAAAGUAUCUUGGAAACACCAACGCUUGAGUAAUAUCUAAAUGAUUUCUUCUAAUCGUACAAUUCAAUCUGUAAUAAACUUUCGUUAAAUAUUUCACAUCAUCUAAUAUAAUGUACAUAUCAUUAUUAAAAUUUUUGUGAUAUUUCAAUGUAAUCUAUUCAUUUCCUUUAUAAUCUUUUGUUUUGUGUUCUUUUAAUAUUGACUGCUGAAAUUAAGAAUUCUGUUACACAUUUCUCACUUUAUAUUUUAACAAAUUAUGGUAAAAUUCUCAAAACUGUAGUGAUGAUUACUUGUUUCAUAUAUUACCAUAUAUACAUAUUUUAUUAUCUUUACAACUUUUGUACGAAGACGAUUAUUUUAACAAACGGAAUACACCCAUUAUGACAUUAAAUAAUAAAGAAAGAUUAGUUCAGCGAAGAGUUGUCUUUUCGGCGAAUUCAUUUUCAAAGCUGUACAAUCGCGAAUAUAUAUACUUAUUUUUACAGGGUGAUAAUAAUACUGAUAAUAAUAAUAAUAAUUUGAACAUCUAUUAUUUCAUGUGAUUUUAUGCAUUUCAGGAAAUGAUAAUUGUUGAGAAGUGGUAAUAUCAUGUUUAUGUUCUUUAGUAACUGAGUUUUUGAUUACCUAUUCAGAAUAAAGUUACUAUCAAAGAAUUCUAAACAUUUAAUAAUACUAUGCAAAUAUGUUUAGUGUUUAUUGGAGAGUAUGAAUCAAAAUAUACUAUAUAAUCUGUAAAAUAGAUUGUUUGCUUUAUGUUAACUUUAGUUAGCAUUCCAUUGAACUUGUUUUAAGAGUUCUUGUGUAUAAUUCGAAUGGAAUAGAUGAUUGUUCUUUCAAAUAAUAAGAUGAGAAUGAAUGUAUAUAUUUUUAUGUAAAAUUACUGAUUUAAUUGAUUAUAAUGAUCAUAAUCGUCGCUUAAAAUAAAUAAAACUGUUUUCUUAUUAGAAAUUAAUUAUUGUAUUGGCUUUUGGAAGGUAUCUAUGUAAGAUAUACUCUUGAAUUAACAGCUAAUAAACAAGUCAUCGGAUCUAUAAA